UUCAGUUUCAUCUCCAUAUCAAACUCCAUAAAUUUCUCUUUUAUCUUGCCUUAAACAUGGUGUCAAUCGCGUCUUUAACCAAUGCUUUUGUUCUAUUUCUCUCUUGUUUUCUUGCCAUUUCGCUCUUGGUCUCGGGGCGACCAGCCACUUUCCUCGAAGAUUUUAGAGUCACUUGGUCCGAAUCCCACAUCAGGCAAAUCGAUGGAGGAAGGGCCAUCCAACUUGUUCUAGACCAAAAUUCAGGCUGUGGAUUUGCUUCCAAAAGCAAGUAUCUAUUUGGACGUGUCAGUAUGAAGAUCAAGCUCAUCCCCGGUGACUCCGCCGGCACUGUCACCGCCUUUUAUAUGAAUUCUGAUACAGACACUGUCAGAGAUGAGUUAGAUUUUGAGUUCUUGGGAAACCGAACCGGGCAACCUUAUACUGUCCAAACCAACAUCUAUGCUCAUGGAAAAGGUGACAGGGAACAAAGGGUUAACCUUUGGUUCGACCCGGCUGCAGAUUUCCAUACUUACACAAUCAUGUGGAACCAUCAUCAUAUUGUGUUUUAUGUUGAUGAAGUACCAAUCAGAGUUUACAAGAACAAUGAAGCAAGAAACAUCCCAUACCCAAAAAUGCAGCCAAUGGGGGUGUAUUCAACGCUGUGGGAAGCGGAUGAUUGGGCAACAAGGGGAGGCCUAGAGAAAAUAGAUUGGAGCAAAGCUCCUUUCUUGGCUUACUACAAGGACUUCGACAUUGAAGGAUGUCCGGUUCCAGGGCCAGCAAACUGUGCCACCAACGCUGGGAACUGGUGGGAGGGCACAGCUUAUCAAGCUCUGAAUGCCAUGGAAGCUAGGAGAUACAAGUGGGUACGUAUGAACCAUGUGAUCUACGAUUACUGCACCGACAAGUCCCGAUACCCGGUUACCCCACCAGAGUGCAUGGCCGGCAUCUGAAAUACCAUUAUCCAACUCAACUGUCCAGAAUAUUUGAUUUUUACCGUACGUCUUCAUGUCAUACUUGACGUAUAUGCCCCUCUCCCUUUGUACCAUAAUAGUGCCACAAGAGGAGUAUAUAAAAAGGGAAAUAAACAGGUCUUGUGUGCAAAUUAUUUGUGGAAGUCGAUCCCUAUUUGUA